AUUAGACUAAUUUAGCCUAGUAAGUAUAAUUGCAUAGCAGCAUGUGAAAAGGCAUACAAAAUAUAUCAGGAUUGCAAGUGUCACCAAUAGCUGAUUGGAAAAUGAAUAAAUGUUGUGCAGCUGAACCCAAUGCAUCUUUAGUCUCGUCAACGAUGUAUUAAUUUCUUCAAAACCUCAUCAACCGUACCAAAGAUAUACAAAUACAAAUUUUAAACAGACAACUAUAUCUAGAAGCAUUUACCAGAUACAGCAACCCAAAAAGUAUACAAUGCACAUACAAAAUGCAACGAAAUAUCGAAACAAGCAAACAGAUGCUGCAAGAACUUUUCUCAUCCCAAAUGACUUAAUCAUUUAAAUUAUUUUCGAAGGUGUAUGCAAGCAGCAAAAAUAGCUUGUUUCCGAGACAAUGGCACAAUAUCAUUAUUUAAAUCUUUUUUUUCUCAAUUUAUAUCUUGAUCUGACAAAAUUGCUGGUUUAUCAGCAAUGCCGUUUCUCGAUUUCUCUCGUCCUCUCCACCUUCACCUCCUCCUCCUCCUCCCUUUCUCUCUCACUCCACAUUCCAUCCAUCAUUCCUCUGAUAAUACAGACCACUGCGUCACUCCUUCAGCACUUCUCUCCGCUCAGCAUCCAUCCGUCCUCCGACAGCACGAUGGACAGCACAGUUUCAGCCUACUCUGAGAAGCUUAGAGAGAUGUCGGUGUUGUCUCUCCUCUGCUCUUGUUUGUAUUCCCAGCCUCUUCCCAACACCUUUGGUCAGUUUGAAGAUAUGGAGGUGAAGUCGCUGGAUAAGCGAGCUUCUGGUCAGGCGUUUGAGGUCAUCCUGAAGAGUCCAACUGAGCCGUCUCCAGAGAGACCCCAGACUCUGGCGCUGCCUCCCCAGAAGAAAGAGCCUUCCCUGGGGGAACUACAGAGGAGGCUGGAGGCCGCCGAGGAGAGACGGAAGUCUCAGGAGAAGCAGGUGCUGAAGCAGUUGGCGGAUAAACGGGAGCGUGAGAAGGAGGUGCUCACCAAGGCCCAGGAGGUCAACAACAACUACAGCAAGAUGACCGAGGAGAAACUCCACCACAAAAUGGAGCUGAUCCAAGAAAAUCGCAUGGCCCGGCUCGGUGCUCUCAAGCAGCGUCUGAGAGAGAAGGAGCUUCACGCUGCAGAAGUCCGUAAGAAUAAGGAACUUCACACUGACCUCUCUGGCUAAGGACACUCUCUUUGACCCCAGAGCUGUGAGAUGUCCAUUUGGAGAAUCAAACUCACCUUAUCAGUUUACCUUAUCAAUAAGAGCAUAUAACAGUAUCCCACAAACAAUUACAUGGACAAAAGUAUGUGAGCAUCCUAACACCACAGCCAUACGUGUUUGUUGAUUGUUUAAUUUGAGAAGCAUGGGCUUUAAUGGGCAGUUUGUUUUUCAUAAAAGCUUUAGUUCGGUGUCCAAGUUCAUUCCAAAGGUAUAUAGGUCUGGACUUUGUGUAGGAUGUGUGAAAAUCUUUGACCUUUCUUGGUGGACCUUGACUUGUGCGAUGUUCCCAAAUCAACAUCUUCUGUUAUGAAGAAGUCAUAUCACUUACCCUAAACACAACCUUUACUUUUGUAGUUCAAGUUACUUCUUAUUCCUUAGAAUCUGAUUGGCUGAGGUUGAUCCAGGAAGAAACAUGCCCUACUUGGCAGAAAAGCGUCACCCAAAGCUGUUGAACAAUCACUGUAGAGAGUACAGUUGGGAUCUGUAAUUAUUUGACUAGCCAAACGCAUUUAUUGCAAAGAGGUGUCCACAUACUUUUGACCAUGAGGUUUUUCUUCCACCUGACAAAAAACCUACAACUUAGACCAGCUUAAGACUUGUUUCCAGAUUGGCAUUAAUGAUAUGUUAUUGACACAAGUGAUUGAGAGGGUUGUUGUUGCUGAAAACCAGCCAAACCAGUAAGUGAACUAAAACCAUCAUGAUACUGUCAAAGCAUAUCUUAAUGUGUAACCAGCAAUGGCAGAGCAGAGCAGAAUCUCACAAAAGUAAAAAACGUGACUGUGUCAACAUAUACACUGCACUUUAUAGGGUAUGAUUCAUUCACGUUGGUGCAUUUCAAGGGUCGCUGACUCAGAUUUGUUGGUUUGUUUACAGUGACCUGAAAGAGAAACGUCUAAGCUGUAUGCUGCUAACUGAUUACUGAAAACCAUUUAAAAUUGAAUUAAAGCAUAACAAGUUCGU